AUGGACUCGUCCCCCCCGACCGAGGCCGAGCUCCUCACCAGCUUCCUCCUCGACCCCGCGCGCCUGCCCAACAUUCUCUCGCCCGAGCAGUUUCGCGCGCUCUUCCCGCGCUCCGCCCGCGCCGCGCCGUCCAUACGCAGCCUGUACCUCGACCUCGCCACCCAGCGGGGCCUCGCCGUCGACGCCGUCGCCGCUGCCAUUGAGGUCGAGGCGCGGCGCGGGGGGCAGGCCAUUCGACGGGAGGUGGCGAGGCAGCGUCGCGAUGAGGUGGAUUGGGAGGUGGACGGGGAGGUGGAAAUGGACCGCGCCCUUUUUGCGGGCGACUCGGCGGCCAAAAAGGCCAAGCACACACUCGAUAGUAUUCUGCCGGAGCUUGAAGGCGCGGCCGGCGCGGUCGAAGCCGAGAUUGCAAAGCUCAGACAGCAAGAGGCAGAUCUCAGAGAGACCAUUGCCCAGACGAUCGCUGACCUGGGCGACCUGCGCACCGGUAGCCUCACGAACCAACGAUUACCCGACGAGGUCCUCGACGGCUUGGAAAAUCUACAGGAACUUUGCAAUCGCAAGACGUGA